AAGAGCUAGAAAAAAUUUAUACAACGAAUUUGAGAGAUUUGCCAGAUUUGGAACUGGAACUGUUGAGCUUCAUUAGCACAUUCACAAAAACAUCAACACACAAAAUUUGUGAAGAACUUAACCGUCCUUAUAUUAAUCUUAAAAAGAAGUACGAUUCAAGCAUUCAUUAUGCAUAUAAUUAUAUUAAGGCUACUAUAGACGAUUGGUUUAUUGAAAAGUCUCCUAAUCCAUUGAUGAUAGUUUGGUCAAAAG